AUGGCGGCGGACAAGCUCCCCGAUGCACUGCUACAGGAGAUUAGGAACCUGGUAGCAGUGGAGUGCAAGGAUGUCUGUAUGAAGGACAGAGCUGGAGGAGCGAACUCGGUACAGCAAGAAGUUUUUAUGCAGAAAGUAUUUCAUGGUUCCGCUGGCUAUGCCUCUGUAUUGGACAAACUUACUACUGGAAAGGGGGCAUAUGCAUCUCUCUUUGACAGGGUGGCAUUGGAGAAUAAUAGACAGGGUAAUGAGGAGCGCAGUUCAGGAUAUAUGCUGGUUCUGAAAGACAUUGCCAGCUGUGACGAAGGGGCGAAGUACAUAGCCCACGAAAGAGGAUUUGUAAAAGACAAGAUAGACAAGAAUGGUGAGAAGGUCCUCAUGGGAAGGAACAUUGGCGAACGGGCCAAUACUGCCAUCGCCAACUACAAGUUUGCCUUGAAGUUUGCAUCUGAUUUCUGUCCUGGAGGCAAAUACCCCUCUGGUAAAUCUUUCGAGGAUAUGGUUCUGCAUGUUCGACAGAAGAUGUACGUCAAAUUGAAAGGAGGGAAGAACAAUCGAACCACCAAUAGAAGGACGUCAGAUGCUGGUGGAAAAGAAUACACGGAAGACCAGAUGCCACUCAAAUACAUGUUUAAUGGCUUCUUCGUUGCAUUGCUGUAUGGUCCUUUCGGCCUGGCUGGAGAGAACUUAUCUUGCUUGUCACAUGAUGGCAGCGAUCUGAAGAAACAAAGCAGAGCUGCCACAAGAAGCAAAGAGCUCCAAGCUAAGACUAAAGAACGAGAAAUGAAUGAGGGUGGUGGAACCGGAGUUUAUCAUCGUGGUGUGGCGGUCAAAGACAAGCUUGCUUGUGCCACACUUGCCAUGACGGAAUUGAAGGAAGCCCAGCGAAAUCGCAAGGUGGAAUUAGAGGAACAAAGUGAUCGCUUGUUGCGUCAAACAACCACCAAGACUAAAGUGGAGGCGUACUAUGAGGCUGUGGGCUCCUUCAAUGUCCAAUCAGUUCUUCCAGGAGAUGGUGCUGUGAAAGUUGGAAGUGUUCCGCGAGCAGUUGCUGUUUCGGCUUCUGCAAAAGGGGAUGACGAAUCUUCAAUCACUCAGACCGAUAAGUCUCCCAAUAACUAUCGAACAGCUUCGGCCAGGCCUCUUCUUCCAGAACUUCCGAACCAUUGCUCCCAGUUGCCUCUUUCUUCAUCGCAGCAGGAAACAGAAGAGGAAACAGAAGAGGUGGACACCACCCCACUCGUGGAGCUCGUGGAGCCCUACUUGAGUGUUAUCAAUGUUGACAGCCGUCCGGAAUACAGCAACAACAACAACAACAACGAAGAAGGCAAUGACAAAGCUUCCAUUGUUGUUGAUUAUGGUUCCAAAGAAGAGGAUGAUGAAUCAGUGUUCGAUGAAACAUUGACACCCUACCAAGCUCGAUUGCCUGCCGAUGCUCAGCAAACCCUGAUGUAUUUCUGCAGAAAGGAAUUCGAGAUUCGGAAGAAGCAAAAGAAGCAGCAGAUGACAUUCCAACAGAAACAGGCGGAAAUUGCACAGAUGGAACGGACACAUGGCCGUGAUGGAACAGCCCCAAACGAUUUCGUGGCUGGGAAUACGUACUAUGCUGGAAGCACUACCAACGCAAAAGAACUCAAUGUCGGGACUGCUCAGAGCUACUAUGAACAAGAAGAAGAUUAA